AUGCCUUCUCAGUCAUCAACCACCACAAUGGCUGUGCCCGUUCCUCGUCGCCGUCUCUCUCCACUUCUUACCUCUUCCACCUUUGGCGAAGAUGUCAGUUUCCACCUUGACACUUUCAAGGCCAACGACGCCAAAAACAAAACUCAGUACACCUUCCACGAGAAUGAGUACGCUCCACCUGCUCCUCCGCCACCAAGCCCAAUCAAUUUUCCCGCUGAAAGUUGGAGCACCGCUUGUCGAAGAUAG